GGGAUGCAAGUUUUGUGUUUACAUUUUUCUGUUUUGGUAUCAUCGUGUGCUAAAAGUGCUAGCAUUUAUAGGUGAAAAUGGUGAAAAAUAUUAAGUACGACAAAAAGAAACGUUUCAAAAAAGUCUCUGGACAACCAAUAAAAAAGGAAACGUCGACAAGGAAGGAGGACGAGGAAAUUGAAAAGCUGAAAAGCGCUUAUGAGUUUAUCAAUCCACGCGACAUAACCUCUUUCGAUGACUUGCCCCUGUCAUUGAAGACUCAAAAAGGGCUAAAAUCUUGCAAAUAUAACACACCGACUGAGAUUCAGAAGCUCUCGAUAGCCUAUGCAUUGCAGGGGAAGGAUGUAUUGGGAGCUGCUGUAACGGGAAGUGGGAAAACUCUGGCUUUUCUUGUGCCGAUUCUUGAAGUGUUGUAUGUGAAGAAAUGGACCAAAUUGGAUGGUGUGGGAGCACUAGUAAUCACACCGACAAGAGAAUUAGCUUAUCAAAUCUUUGAGACACUAAAGAAGAUUGGUCUGUAUCACGAUUUCUCAGCUGGAUUAAUCAUCGGAGGGAAAAAUUUAAAAUUUGAGCGAAAACGAAUGGAUCAGUGCAACAUCAUCAUUUGCACUCCCGGACGAUUGUUGCAACAUAUGGAUGAGACUCCGCUUUUUAACUGCGAUUCCAUGCAGAUCUUGAUCCUGGAUGAGGCAGAUAGGUGCCUGGAUAUGGGAUUUCAAACUACAAUGAAUGCUAUAAUUGAAAAUUUGCCAAAAAUCCGUCAGACUCUUUUGUUUUCAGCCACUCAGACACGAUCUGUGAAGGAUCUGGCGAGAUUGAGCCUUGUAGAUCCCACUUAUGUUGCACCCCAUGAGCAACAAGCUACUGUGAAAGCCACUCCUGAUAAUUUAACACACAGCUAUGUGGUAUGUGAACUCAAGAACAAAAUCACAAUGCUUUGGUCAUUUAUAAAGCAUCACAAAAAGAGUAAAAUCAUGGUAUUUCUGGCCAGCUGCAAGCAAGUUAAGUAUGUAUAUGAAAUUUUUUCAAAACUUAGACCGGGAGUGAGUCUACUAGCGCUGUACGGGACUUUGAGUCAGGAUCGUCGGGUAUCUGUGUACAAUGAUUUUAUGGAGAAGAGUACAGUGGUUCUUCUGGCCACAGACAUCGCAUCCCGAGGCCUUGACUUUCCUGCUGUCAAUUGGGUGGUUCAGUUGGACUGUCCGGAAGAUGCUGUGGCUUACAUUCAUCGUGCAGGAAGAACAGCCAGGUUCAAUGCAAGCGGAGAAAAUCUAUUGGUAGUGACGCCCAGCGAAGAAGAGGGCAUUCUCUCUGAGCUCAAAAGGCGCAACAUCUCCGUUGAAUGUAUCUCAAUUGAUGAUAAAUUCAUGUUUUCUCCUCAUGCCAAAAUUGAAGUGCUCCUUUCGAAAUUUCAUGAACUUAAGGAAUCGGCUCAGCGUGCUUUCCUGGCCUACAUCAAGAGUAUUGUGCUCAUGAAGAAUAAAUCAAUCUUCAAGGUUGAUUCUCUGGAUAUCGAUGGAUUUGCCAAGUCAUUGGGACUUGUGACAACACCGCGUGUGCGAUUUCUAGAACGCUUCCGGAAGCGUAUGGGGCUUCCUAAAAUCACUUCUGCCCCGAAAGAACUCGAUUUUGGUCUCAAUGACUCGGAUGAGGAGGAAUUUGUGGUGAAAACAAAGCCACAGGAAGAAUCUAUUCCGGAGGAAACACAAGCAUCUCAAAAGCCAGUCAAGCCCAAAAUCAUUUCAAAGGCUUCAGCUGCUAAAAUGGUGCUUAAACGCAAAAUUACUGUCAAUACAAAAGUUAAAUUCGAUAAUGAGGGUGAGCAAGUGACAUCCAUAAAUACCCGUCAUACAGACUUUGGCCAGGAUACCUCAGAGACCUUCGAUGGGAUUGAUCUACAGAAGGCGAAGGGAGCCAUGUUGGAGGAAGACAAAUAUGAUCAAGAACGAUAUCGAGAGAUACUGAAAGCAAAGAAAAAAGCUCGUAAGGAGAAACAGAAGAAACGUCAGAAAGAAGCAGAUGAGGAAGAUGAGGAUGAUUUUGGCAGUGAAUCAGGUGAAGAACCUGAUCUGUCGUGGCUUCCUGAUCCAGACAAUGUCUACGCUAGUGGAAGUCUAUGUGAAUCUUCAGAAAAUGAAAAAGAGGAGCCUGUGAAGAAGAAGUCUAAGAAAAAUAAGGAUUUAUCCCUCAAUGAAGCUGAAUCCCUGGCCCUGGAGUUAAUUGGGCAAUAGUAAUUGAAUUAUAAACAAGUUCAAUAAAGGCUCUAGCUCUUAGCAGGAAGAA